UAGGUCUUCAAAAAUGAUAUUUAGGUUUCUAAUAUAAUUUUUUUCUAAAUUGAAUAUUUUGCGCGAGAGACUUUCAAAAAUGAUCGAACAGGAUAGUCUUAAGUAACAAGUAACCCAAAUAAUUACGUAGGUUGUUUUUAUUAUGUUGUCCGGGAUGUGAAAACAUGUUUUUAAUUUUGUCGCAUUGCGUAUGUUGUGUCCCUCACGGGCGCACGCGGUAUAGCGCAUCUAUACGAUCUUACCAUCUAUGGCGCAGGUGCGUCACGUCAACGUCAAAUGUCAAGUUGACACAACGUGUUGGAGGGGUAUGUUUGUGUAUACUUUCGGUAAAACUUAAAUCAUGAAAAAUUUGGAACUUUGGCACGUAAACGUGCGCAACCUAGUUACGAACAAUGAGGACCAGCUUGCCACUUUCUGUUACGGUCAUGGCGAGGGCAAUUUCACUGGAGAAUUGUACUCAUGUUCACAUAACCUUAUAGUGAGUAACUUCGAUGAAGAUGGUGAAGUAAAGUGGACUAAGGAUUUAAGUGAGGUGGCGUCUCCGGAGAAUAGUCCAGUAAUUGUGACGUACUUGUCGUUGUCCAAUGCCCUGUGCGUAGGGCUUGCAAAUGGCGAGUUGUAUACGAUUUCUGAGUUGGGCACCAGCUGCGAGCUUGCUGGGGUCUGUCAGGCUGGAUUAUUGGCAAUGGAGUGGAGCCCCGACCAAGAACUUUUAGUGUUGGUAACAAAAGACAUGAACACCAUUCUGAUGUCCUGCACAUUUGAUCCCAUUCACGAGACAAGCAUUUUAGACCUAGAGUUUGGGGAGAAGCAAUUCAUCACAGUCGGGUGGGGCAAGAAGGAAACACAGUUUCAUGGGUCUGAAGGCAAGCAAGCAGCUAAACAGAAAACUGAAAUUAGUGGUGAUGCUGAUGCCAAUAAUGCAGUUAAAAUAUCUUGGAGAGGAGAUGGCAACCUGUAUGCAAUAGGUUUCCUUAUGGACGGCAUCAGACGAUUCAAAGUAUUUGACAGAGAGGGCCAUCUACAGUACACCAGUGAAAAACAACCAGGUUUGGAGGCAAAUCUCUCAUGGCGCCCAAGCGGUAAUGUCAUCGCAACAACACAAAAAAUUAAUGACAAAUAUGUGAUAGCUUUCUUUGAAAAGAAUGGUCUGAAACAUGGCGGUUUCGAUAUACCUGUUGACACACAGACAGAAGUCCAAGAUCUAGCUUGGAGUUCAGAUUCCGAAAUAUUAGCACUGCAAUGUUAUAAUAAAGCAACCAGCUCACACAGCUUGCUGUUAUUUACAACUGGGAACUAUCACUGGUAUCUUAAACAGACUCUAACAUUCAAUAGUUAUCAGAAAAUAAGCAAGAUUAUCUGGGACAAUGAUUUCGAUGUUGCUAACAAUAAGAAAUUACAUCUUGUUUUAACUAAUGGUCAGCAUUAUAUAUACUCUUGGAUCUGGAACAUCAAUCGCAGUAGAGGGAAAUGUAGUAAUGAUGAUGCUGUAGUCAUUGUUAUAGAUGGGAAGAAAGCAUUAGCUACUGGCUUUAGGCAAACUGUUGUGCCUCCUCCUAUGGCGAGUCUUGAAAUAGAGUCAAACUCAUGCGUAAACUCUGUUCAUUUUGCUCCUGACAAAAAAGGUAAUAAUGAUCAUUGCCCCAACACCUUCUUUGUAUGUACCACAGAUAACAAACUAGAAUUUUACAGGCAAACCAACAAGUUUCCUUUAAAAUAUGAAUUAUACAAGACUCUUACGUUAGAAAAAUAUAACUUCCCAUUCCAAUAUUAUAAUUGGUUUUGGUUAAACUCUGACACUAUAAUCUGCUGUGAAGUAGAAAAUAACAACAGUUAUUUUCUGACAGAAUAUAGUAUAAAUUCUGGAGAAAUUACGAAAAUAAAUACCGAGUCUUUGCCAGAACCUGUAGUGAGAAUUGAGCCUCAUCCAAAUGAAAGUUCAGCUGCUUACCUCCAACUUAUUAAUGGAGACAUUAUGCUAUACACUUUAGGAGGAUCCAUGGAACCACAGGAUGUUUCAUUUUCAGUCGCAUGCCCCUUGUUCAAUGUAAUAAACGUCAGUGCUGAAAUACACUUUUUAAGUCUGACACACAAAGGUACAUUGUAUUUAGAUGAUGAGAAAAUAUUGAACAACGUGAGUUCCUUCUAUGUUCAUACACAUUUCCUUUUAUUGACAACUCUUCAGCAUGUGCUCUUAUGCGUCGAACUAACAGCCUCAGUGCUGGAUGCUCUAAAAGAAUAUCAGAAAAAUGAAUCUUCUGAUAUAUAUAAAAGGAAAAUCGAGAGAGGUGCGAAGCUGGUCAUAGCAGUACCAAAUGAAACAAGGACUGUAUUUCAAAUGCCUAGAGGAAAUCUGGAAGGGAUACAACCAAGGCCUCUCUCUCUAAAAAUUAUAGGAGAAUAUCUUGAUAACUGUAAAUACUAUGAGGCUUUUGAUUUGAUGAGAAAACAAAGGAUCAAUUUAAACCUGAUCUAUGACCAUGAUCCUGAAAAGUUUGAAAAAUCUAUAGACGUAUUUCUAGAAGCAAUCCAAAAUAACACAUGGCUCAGUUUAUUCUUAUCCGACUUAGAAAAUGUCGAUGUCACGAAAUCAAUGUAUUCAAGCAGUUACGUAGACAAUAAAGACAUCAAAAGAGAAAAUAGUUCUAAAAUACAAAGAAUCUGUGAAACAAUUAGGAGUCAUUUGAUGAAAAGACCAGAUCAAGACACGAAGAUCUUGCCAAUUCUAACAACUUACGUAAAGAUGAAUACUGUUGAAGAUUUAGAAGCAGCUUUGACUGUUAUAAAAGAUCUGAAAACGAAAGAAACUAGUAGCAAGCUUCCUGUUAGCUCAGAUGAAGCCCUAAAGUACCUGUUGUACAUGGUAGACGUUAACCAGCUCUUCGAUGUAGCUCUAGGAAUGUAUGACUUCGAUUUAGUCCUUCUAGUGGCUAACAAAUCACAAAAAGAUCCCAAGGAAUAUGUGCCAAUGCUCAAUGAAUUUAACGGCAUGGAAGAAAACUAUAAGAGGUUCUCUAUUAACAAACAGUUGAAAAGAUUUACCAGAGCGGUGGAAUGUCUUGCAAAAUGUGGGCAAGAUAAAUAUGAUGAGUUAAAGACAUUUGUUAAAUAUCACAGUCUGUACAGGGAAGCUCUAAGACUGUUUAGAAAUGGAGAUGCAAUUUAUAAUGAAAUAGCAGAAGAUUUUGGACUCCAUUUGAGACUGAAGAAACAAUACACUGAGGCGGGCAUUAUUUAUGAACGAGCUAACAAUAUUGAAAAAGCUAUUGAAUGUUAUAAAGAUGCUUUAGAAUGGGAAUUAGUAGUUAAUUUACUAUGCACAAGAUCGAAGGAUGAACAAUCCGUUAUAUGCUGGGAGCUCGCAAACGGUUUAAAAGAUGAAAGGCGCCACAGAGAAGGUUUAAUGUUAUUAGAACUGUUUUGCAACGAUAAACCAGAUAUAGUGAAGUAUGCUAUUGAAGGCCGUCAAUUUAAGUCUGCUCUGCGACUCUGUUCCAUAUAUAAGCUUAGUGAACUUAAAGAUGACCAUCUACUACCAGCUGUGAUGGAAGAAUAUAGAAACCUCCAAGAGCUAAUCGAACGGAACUGCGGUACAUUUACCAAGCACAGAGAUCGUCUUUUCAUCGUUAGAGAAACCAAGAGGAACGCGCCAGAGAUCGAUAUCUCUUAUGCUAAUAAGGACAGCGAUUUGUAUUCUGAUGCUGGGAGUACAGUGGCGUCUUCGAAUUCACGCAGUUCAGGGCGCACCUUCCGUUCAAGCAAAAACCGUAGAAAACACGAGCGCAAAGUCGCAUCACUAAAGGAAGGUUCCCAAUACGAAGACGUCGCGCUAGUGAUGGCCUUACACAACCUGAUCACAUCUACCUUCGAGUUGAGACUGCAGGCCCGUGAGCUCAACACAGUGCUGAGCUGUCUCAACAAGGACCAUGAGGCGUUCCUCCUACAGGUAUAGUACGAUAGAAAAACACGAGUAUAAUUAAAGAAAGGUUCCGAAUACCAAGACAUCGCCCUAGUGAUGGCCUUACACAACCUGAUCACAUCUACCUUCGAGUUGAGGCUGCAGGCCCGUGAGCUCAACACAGCGCUGAGCUGUCUCAACAAGGACCAUGAGGCGUUCCUCCUACAGGUAUAGUACGAUAGAAAAACACGAGUAUAAUUAAAGAAAGGUUCCGAAUACGAAGACAUCGCCCUAGUGAUGGCCUUGCACAACCUGAUCACAUCUACCUUCGAGUUGAGGCUGCAGGCCCGUGAGCUCAACACAGCGCUGAGCUGUCUCAACAAGGACCAUGAGGCGUUCCUCCUACAGACAUGCCUAGAGAAGUUACUGAAAGAGAUGAAGGACAGCUUUAAGGACAUUUGGACGAAUCAGCUUGUUAUAGAGGCGACCAACGCAGCCAUAGCGGCCCUGAACGUUCCUGAGGGCUGCAGCGUGCUGCCUCAGGGUAUCGGCUCUCUUGAACCGCAUAUGAGGAUAGCACCUAUCAUUCAAGAUAUAAGCUGGAAGCUGGAUGGCAUGAACUAGUAAAACUAGGAGGAUCACGUGCAAGAAUAUCUCUUCUUUGUCCUCGCCUUGUCCCAUUUCAGUUGGGGUCGGCUCUCCUAAUCAUUCUUCGCCAGGCCAUUCUAUCCUGGGUCGUCUGUGGAUCUAACUGGGCUGACUUUAGAUCUUGGUUUAUUUUAGAUGCCCACGUGUCUCGGGGCCUGCCUCGUCCUCUCAGUCCGGUUUCAAUGUCAAGCACUGUUCUCGUCAUGUGCUCUUUAGGGCGUCUCAUUACAUGACCAUACCACCUCAAUCUAGACUCACAUAUUUCACGUGCAAGAAAAUGAAAAUGCAUAAUAUUGUAUAUUCAUUCAAAAUGGAUUUAAUAAAUAAGUUAAGUUUAAAUAAAUUAAUACAAGCUUUUAUCACUCAC